AUGGAAUAUCUGGCACUGCCGCCAGUUCAAUUCAGCAUCGCCUAUCUGAAUGCGGAGCAUCGAUCCUCCUCGCUGUACGUGCGUGCGUCCCCCAAGUCAUCAGUUGCCAGGCUAUUGCAGUAUGUGCAUUGGUUAUCAUGCAUCAGGGAGAACAUGGCGCUUGGGCCGCCUGAGCAAUACUGUCUGAAAUACCAACAGCGUCCGCUCGAUCUGACCAUGUUGUGCGAGGAGAUUGCAGGCUGCGGCGCGGGGUUGGUCCAUCUGGAGCUGGAUGUGCGGAGCAGGUCGGAGGCGGACACUGUAGACCUGGCUUACGAUGGCGACAGUGAGUUUGCGUAUGUGAACGUCAAGUUCCAGGUCAACACGCUUUCCAUGGAUAAAGUGGUGGCGGUGAUAAGGCAACGUGUGCCUCUGAAGACGUCUGUGCUGGCGCUGCGGACGAUGGCAUGUGAUAUAGUGAACGAGUACGAGCGCAGCAGCUGCAAGAACCUGUGUUCGAACAAGAACCAUGUGCCCAACGACAUGCUUGCAUUCCAAGUUGCAGGGCGAUCGUACCCUGUGUACCUGGGCGCCGAAGACGCGGCAGAACACGCGGGGUUGAGCCUACAGGAGGUAUUGGGCUUUGACUUUGCGCCCACCCCAUUCUCGCAUUGCUUAAUUAUGUUCCGUACCAACCACGGCCAGGACGGGGAUGGUGUAACUAUCGAGUUCGUUUCGGACUCCGUGUUGGCGAUGAAGACUAUGAAAGUGACAGUCGACACCACCGUGCAGGAAGUAAAGGAGUUUAUUUGCUCUGUGUACGGCCACACACUGAUGAUUUCGCCCUCUGAUGUCAAACUGGUAUACAGUGGUCAACUUGUGCAGGACAUGAACCACAGAGGUGCGCCGAUCAAGAUUUUGGAGUAUAUUUCGGACAACGAACACACUAAGUUGCAUGUGAAGGUAAGCGAGGAAUUCCGCGAGCCAGGACCUGGGUUUUGGUCUGAGCUGUUCACAAACCCCGAGCGCUUUUCUUUUAAUCUGUCGCGCUCGCAACCCACUGCGACUGUAAGUGACUCAGGCCGUGCUGUUGUUUUUCCCAACAUUCCGGGAAGACGGCAGUCCCUGGGUGGUACAGUUGUUCCGCAUGGGUCUUCUCUGCACUCUACUGAUGCGCCAGCUUCUCCAUCACAAGACAAUCUGAUCUUGCCGCAGGCUACUCCGCAACCCCCACACUAUUUGACCGAAAAGGGCGAAAGGUUGAAACGUACAGGCGAACUGUAUGAGCGAGUCGAAGUAGAUGGUUCGUCAUUUUUUGUCGCGAGGGAGGAGUUCGAUGAAACCAUCACCGAGAUAAGCGUCAGCGGCCAUACACUACGGAUAUCGGAAGACCAGUGCCAUGUAGCUGGCGACCGCCUUUACUUGAAGCCUAAUGUGGUGCAUAAACUCGAACACAUCCUGGGCACUUCGCUUCAGCGACAGCGUGUGUCUCUAUUCCGCUCAGUCGCUCCGCCUGCGGACCACCUUGCUGGAGAAGGCCUGAGGCAGAACGUGCCGCCCCCGAUAGUCACAUCCCGUGCCCAUAACUUACGUCAUCUGUUACGCAUUGUCGGCUACACAGUAUAUCUCCUUUUCUAUGAAUUGACCUUUUGGGUUUUUAUUAUGUGCAUAUUCCAACUUUACAGCUAUCCCCUAACCUUCUGUUCGUUGGUACUCGCGUUCUUCCUUGUGGGCCUGGCGCGUUCGUCUAAUAAGCUCAUCGACACAUGGACAGACUAUUUCUUCGGGAAGAAUGCUAGUAUCAGCAGCACAGAGCGUGCAGAUUUGGAGCGUAUUGUCGCCGAAGAUCUGAAGCACCGCUUUUUUGGUCGCUUUCACGCUUCAUCAAGCUUCCAUAUAAUCCUCGAUGCUCUCUCGCAGCGGCUCAGCACUGAUGUAGAGCUACGAGACACGUUAUGUGCAACCUACCAUCUGAACGCGAACCUCUCGGCCCGCGUAGCGCUCGCGCGUAUCCUCAGGCGCUGUGCCUCUUACGAAUACCGCACAGCAGACUGCCAACCACUCGUGCAGCUCUUUGAUGAGCUUCUCAGGAAUGUUCUACUUAAUCUGGACGCACCACAAACCUUGCCAGCGCCAGAACUAGCCGUUUACAAAGAAUUGCGUAUCUACCACUACAAACAGCGGAUCUUCCGCACCUACCGCAAGGCAGCCGCUCUCGCAGACAGGUUGGCCAUACUAUGCGAAUUCUGCAGCGGCGGCCUCAUGCGCAAAGUCGCUACCGAUCCCGAGAAGGACAACGUCGUGGUCGCCGCUUGCAAGAGCCUGGCUCUCUCCAUCCUGCUGUUCUUUCCCACCUUUCAACUGCAGUUCGAUGAGAUUAUUAACGAACGCACCAUGGACCGCCAAGCUGCACAAAUCCAGCCACCAGCUGAUGCAGACCUGCGCGAGCCUGGUGAUGGUCAGGCGCAAUUCGAGCAGCUGGAACCACUCCUAGAGCCUGCCACUGGCAUGCAGUUGCACCCAGAUGACUAA